AUCCGAAUGGCGAGAUGGUUUGUUAUGAGAAUGUGUGUCACAGUGAAAAAUGUGCCUUCGCUCGACGUUUAACGGACAUGUAAGCCAAACAGAAGUGUCUAAGAUGGUGCUGACAAAUCGACGAGCGUAGAUUUCACGUUGGUGAAGGGUACAGGCUGCUGGUAACGUGGUGUUGUCGGCACUCCUUCAAACCGUUCCUACCUUUCAUUUGCUCAUUCGAAGUCCUUGGACAUCGUACUUGCUUCGAUAUGCUGGCUUUGACAACAUCGGUCACAGACUUAUCAAACAAGUGGACAUUGUCGUCGACUCAAGCACAAUCUGUCCAGCCGUAAUCUUUGAGACAAGAAGAGAUGGGCCAGAACCAGUCUUAUCCCGAUGGCACGUCAACUGCUGUUCCCGGUGAAUCCGACUGCGGCAGCAGUGGCAACCACAUGUCGGGAGCGAGUGAAACAUCCGACGACGCAACCCACAGGGACGGCGUUGACAAGAGAAUGGUGGCUGUCAAUCAGGCUCAGUCGGUGCGAGCCGCCAUCGACACCCUCAUCGAGUCGUGCCUCGUUGCCAAGGACGACGGGAUGAACGGAGAAACUGUGAAAGCACCUGCCGUAGGGUAUUCAUUGGAACAGCUCACCAACUUGAAGGAAGAUGCAGGAAACGGUAAAAAACCGGGAUCGGCCGAUAAGAAGUCUUCGAUCAAGAAAGAAGCCGACAGUAAGGCGUCUUCGAAAGACAGAGAUGACGACUUGACUCCAAAGACAUUUGGCUCUCUGAUGGAGAAAAGCAUCAUCGAGUUAAUCAAGAAAGGGGAUGAUGAGCUGGAGGAACUGGCCAUGAUCGGUGGCCAAAAUCAGGAUGAGAAACCCGCCGAGGGAUCUGUGAAAUGUGAUAAGAAAAACUCGCCUGGCGAGCAGACUAAGAGUGCUGUAGGUGGUGGUGGUAGUGGUGAUAAGACGGCUAACUCUGGCAAGACGAAUGCCCAGCAGCAGGCCGCGCCUGUAACCCAGCCCAAGCGAACUGUUCGUCUACAAACCCUGAUAGACACAGUCCUCGAUAAUUCAUUGGCUCACGACAUGCCGUCCAUUUUUGAAAAGAGAAAAAACGAUGCUCUUAUAAACGACUUGAUGAUGGGCAGAUCCGAAAGCGCAUCUAAGAACAUCACUCCACCAAAGCCGUCUCAAACUAAGACCUCCAAGGCAACAACAACAACAACAACAGCAGCAGCAACAACAACAACAACAGCAGCUGGUGACAUGAAGGAGAACAAGAUGAUCUUCUUGAUGGAUCACAUAGAAAAAGUUCUCGAAAGGAAUUUCGAAGCCAGCAACGAAGAAUCGGAUAAUGACUCCAAUCUACAGAUUCUGAACCAGUUGUCAUGGGACUCUCCGCCCACCUCAACAUCCACACCGACCCAGAACACUGAAAGCCCACCCAGGACAAAGCAGAGCGAGAACCAGUCUCGAGCCAGUUCGGGCUCCAACUGUUCGGAGGGGACGAUCAGCGUACAGGACAUCGUAGACCGAGUGAUAAGCCAGACUGAGGUGAUCAGCAAGCUGUUGUCCCCGAGUGACUCAGCCGCCACUUCUCGGGCUGGUAAAGAGGCUGGUAAGAACAGCACGGCUUCUCUUGGUGGUGGUGGCGGCGGCAGCAGCAAUAAUCAGCAGCAGCAGCAAGCUGUCAGUCAGGUUGGUUCAAAACUGACGGAACAGUCACGGUCACCACAGAGUCGGCCUUCUUCUGGAUCACAUCUGAUGGAAGGACAUUCGUCAAAAAUGUCUGAACGUGACAGUUCCCGGGGCCGGCCCCGGGCAUCGACAUACGACAGUCAUCAGAUGUGGAAUCUUCGGCACGCUCAGGAGGCAGGGCGGUCUGUCAUGGGCCGGUCUCUGGAGAAGAGCUCACAGGAGUAUCGCCAGCUCGAUGUGGCGACGUCAGGUGGCGAAGGACUUCACGGUAUGUCGAAGAACAACAAUGGCAGCAAGUCGGUUUCGAACCCAGGUUACGGCGCCGGUCCGUUGGUGCUGCCUCCCUACAUGAACUCGCUAGCGCCCACUUCAGGGAUCAUCUCGUUUGCUCAAUCUCCCGUAUUCCGCCCUCCCGGUCAUCAGAUGUUUGUGCCCCGUUACCCAGUGCCCAUGUUGAGAGUGGACAUGCCGUCUGAUGGGCCCCAGGCUCUACCUCCUCAUCCUCCUACCGCAAACUGUGCUUGCGUCGCGUGCAAGUUCCACAUGGAAGAGCAUUCGCCGAAGCAUGGACUUCUUGGUCCAGUGAGUCCAUCGUCAUCAGGCGGGAUGCUGUCGCCGCACCACAGACAGAUGGACUCCUCCUCGUACUACCAGCAGCGCCUCGCCAGCCAGCUGCACCCGGCCGGACCAGGCCAGCACAAUCCUUACAUGAUGAGAGACUAUGGCAGGCCAAGUUCCAACUCUCCCGGUCGACAUCCCAUGCCCAACGCACCCCAGAUGCCGCCGGUCGCCAACAACAAGCAGCAGCAGGGUGUGGGACAGACACAAAAGACCGUUCACUACCCUCCAUCUGUGCCUAUGGGUGGAUUGCCGCGCGAUUCCGAGUUCCAUGGAUAUACGAGUUACGAGAAACAGAAACAGGAGAUGCUGAAGGUCGAGCCAGCUAGUUAUCAUGCGCAGCACCUGCCGCAGAUUUCUGUACAGAAUCCGUUCGAGACUCCCAGGACGGAUGUUUAUAGUGGUGUAGAUCCCAGCUUUCUUGUUGGAAGGUUAGAACCCGGUUUACAAAGGAGCGAAGACUUUGGAAGGGGAAGUAAUUACGAGCAUUCGGUGGACAAAAGACUGCAGUCACUGCCGCCUCGAACGAGUCCAGCACAAGCUGCGAUGCACGAUGAGUCGCGGAGAGAACGGGGGCACGCGUCCAGUCAGAUCCUUGACCUGACGGUGAAGAACGAGGCAAGAGCUCAUGUAGAAAGGGCUCCCAGUAGAUCUGAACCAGUUGAAGAAUCUUCUGAUGAACCUCUUGAUUUAUCCAAGAAAUCAUCUGCUUCAGGAAUGUUCACAAGCGACCAAGCCAAGAGGCUACAGCAGAUUCACACGCCAAAGACCGAACCGGUUGGAUUCCGUAAACCUGACCCUGGGAUCAAACUGGAGGUGAGCAGCAAACCGCCACCUCACCACCAGCCACACGUGGACGGCAAUGCAAGGUACAGUCAUCCGCAGCCGAGAGAGGUUCACCCGUACCCUGGUGUUGCAGCUCCGUCUGUGUUCAGCAUGAAUUCCCGAGUGCCAGGACCAGCCGAGAUGGCUCCAACGGUCAACCCGAACAUGCUGAUCUCUCCUGGAGGACAGAGACCUCAGCUUCAUCCUCUUCCUGCUCCAAGCCUGGCCACCUCUUUGAUGCCGUCAUCGUCAUCAUCAUCUGCUGCGAUGCUGCAGACGUACAUGGCACACGCCACUGUCGCUGCUGCUGCAAACCACACCUUGCCACCGUCUGCGAUGGAUCAGAGAGAUAAGUUAACCAUUCCGGGACAGCCGAGGUCCAAGUCCUCAGAGCCUGUCCUGAAACCACAGAGAGAGUCACCUCAGCUGGACUUGCCCGACACUAAUCUGGAAAAGGGUGACAUCGCGACGAGGAGGAAUUCAACGACAGGGCGGAACGAACCCAUUCAGAGUAUUAUCGGGAAUCACAACCCCAACGACAUUCUCUAUCUGAUCUGUCGGAUCUGCAGACAGUCGAACGGCAGCCCUUACGCAUUCCGAAAACACUUUCGAAACCAUCACGGAUUUGAACCAAAGGCUGAACACACCAUCGUUCAGACGAUAUCGGCCACAAAGUCGGCUAGACAGAAUCCGUAUGCAUCCAACGGUCCUGAAGCCGACUAUGGGCCUGAGCCCGGGCAGAGUGGUGCUGAGGAGCAGAGUGCUGUGGAAAGAACACCGAGCCAGCCGAAGGAAGGUCAAGGAUCGUCAUCGGAGUCGUUUCCCUUACAAUCCUCUCCUCAGAACGAGGUCGGUAACAAAUCAAAGAACUACGGCAGCAGGAGUGCAGCAGACGGGAAGCAGCAGGGUGUUGUCAAAGACAACCGGGAAAACACAAAAUACCUGGAGUGUCCGGAGUGCAAGCAGACUUUCCAGCUGAACGAUUUCGGUUCGUACAAGAGACACUGCAGACAGCACAACCAGUCACGCACUUCUUCAGGAUCGUUCAUUGCACCCGAGCUGUCAGACCCCCAGGACUCGGUGGACAAGAUGCAGGGUGGGAUAACAAUGUGUAAGAUAUGCGGCGUCCCUUUCUCUGUGCACUACAUCGAGGACCACGUCCGGUCGGUCCACGGCUACUUCUGUUCCCAGUGCCCCGAUGUGUUCAAGACUUCGGACGACCUGCAGCUGCACUCGCGGUCCGCCCACUUGAGUAGCUUUUUGCCCACUGCCUCUCCCGGCAUUCCUGCUGCUUCUCCUGGGAUACGGCUGUCACCGAGAAUUCACAGCCCGUCGCACGCAUCUCUGCCAUCGAAUUCUCCCAGUCUGUCGAACUCGCCACACCAUCGCAGUCCAUCUCGGACGGGAGGAGUCUUGGCAUCAACACCGUCACCCGGCAAUGUGAGUCAGAAAGCGAACCGCAAUAAUAUGCAUUCCUCGCCCGGUGAUCCUCCGGGAUCGUGUGUUCCUUCCAGCAAACCCGGUGCUGUGGUGGCCAUCACCCCGAGCAGGGUUUCGUCUGCAGCCGCCGAGAGCACUCACAACUACGGACCAAUUUCCUUGACGUGCGAGAUCGAACGGAUGCCCGCGGACAACCUAACCAUCAGUGCAAGUCCCGACAGCAGUUCGGACAACGUGGCCAAGUGUUCGAUGUCCAUCAGUGACGUCACAGUCUCGUGCUCUCUGACGAGCAGCGACACACCAGAGGACAGGAACAAGGUGGUUUCCAGCGUCAAGGGCAGCAGCAACAGCAGCAGCAAGACGAAGGCAGACGACGACAUGGAUUCGACAGUUUCCGGCUCACCGUCCUCCGACAUGAUCAUAGACUUACCUGCGGCCGACGGGGACGUGCAGAACUUCUUCUACAAACACAAAAAGUUUGGCGGGCAUCGUAAGCGCACGGAAUCGUCCGACGGUUCGGAGGUUAGUGCUAAGGCGAUGAAACGCAGGAAUGACGAUUCAGCCUCGGGGCAGAAUGUAAACGAGGACUCUUCUGGCAGUAGCUGUGGCUCGUGUAAGAGCACCGACGGAGAAAAACAACAGCCGGACGACCGCGUCCUCGCAAAGGAGCAGAACAAUGUCGUAGUGCAGACCAAGUCGAAAGUGGACGGCAGGAUUAAACAGGAGGCUCGACAUCAGCUGCCUUUUGUCUGGGACAGAGUGACACGGAUACAGGCAGGGAAAAAUAUUAAACCACCUGACUAUAUGACUUAAAUUCAAGGUCAACAUGACCUUGUAGAGAACCUAGACCUUUAUAGAGAGACUUGACCUUGACCGUGACCUUGUUUUUAUGGGUAAUGCUACUGGUUUGACUAUGGGCUACAUAACUGUGGACAGGAAUUUAGGGUUAUAUGACCUGGCAAGACAGAUGGCCUUGUACAUGAUUUUUGGGGGGUAACUUCUUGUACCAGUUUAUGGCAAGUGCACAUUGUAUCACAGUGUACAUGAGUUAUGCAUGAGUGUACAUGAGUUGUGUAUGAGUAUACAUGAGUUAUGUAUCACAGUGUACAUGAGUUAUGAGUUAUGCAUCACAGUGUACAUGAGUUAUGCAUCACAGUGUGCAUUUGUUAUGCAUCACAGUGUAGAUGAGUUGUGCAUCACAGUGUACAAGAGUUAUGUAUCACAGUGUACAAGAGUUAUCUGACCUUGUUAACUUAAACCUAAAAUGUGACCUUUGACAGUUCAUCUGACCGUGUAAGGCAGUUUGAGUUAAAAUGGGUUCAAGCUGGAACCUGAUUUUUUUUUUUUUUUAGCAAUUUGGCAAAUCUGGUUUUUAAAAAAUCAGCAGCCAAAUUGACGCUUCAGUUAAUCAAAGAUAAUACAUGUGCAUAACAAAGUCGGGCUCUCUAAAGAAUUGUAUUUAUUUGAAGAGUUCAUUAUCCAGAUUUUAGAUUUUAGCAUACGGUAUACUGAUGUCAGUAUAACUCGACACUAUGACAAUACAGAUUGUGUCAAAACACAAUCUAUUCCCAUUGAACAGUAUGUUAAAACUCUUCCUUUGUAUGUUCUACACUACGGUACGUUAUGUUGGAACAAAACCACGCUUUUCUCAUAUUGACGUAAAUGGAUCAGGUGCGGAUUUCAGGAUUUCUGAAAAGGGGGAGCGGGGAGGGUUCACACUAAAGUCUCUGGAAUAUUUUUAUUAUUUAAGCAUUUAGAACAGUUAAUAUAAUCACGUUUCCCCUUAAAGGUUAUGGUCGGUUUUCAAAAAGGGGGGUGGGGGAUCCGGAUCCCUGGACCCCCCCCCUUCCCCCCCCGAUUUGCUACUGUGGAUAUAUUGAGUUUUGGAAAUUAACCUUUCAUUUGAUUUUUUAAAUUACCAUAGGAUUUUUCACGCGAUUCAGUAAAGAAAUACAUAUGCCAAAUUUAACUACAGUUGAUUCCUUGUAUUUGCCUGUGGCAGAUCCAGAAUAUUAAUUGGGGUGGGGGUUGGGGGCAGCGACAUGUGGCUGAAGACCACAAACAUCCCUGAAGGGAUUUUUCAGAUUUUUCCAAUGUAAAUGUAUAUAUUUUUUAAAUACAGAUAUAACUGUCGCAGGGGUGGGGUGUGCGGGCCCUGGGCCCCUCCCCCCUUAGAAGUUAGUUUGUUUUGUUUAACAACACAUCUUGAGCUUGAUUUAUUAAUUAUUGACUAUUGGAUGUCAAAAUAUUUUAAUUUUGACAUAUUUUUAGAGAGGGAAUACCAUAAAAUUUUACAAUAGUAGCAAGGGAUAUUUUGUAUGCACCAUCCCACAGACAGGGUAGUACAUACCACAGCCUUUGAUAUACAAGUCGUGGUGCACUGCCGGGAACGAGAAACAGCCCAAUAGGCCCACCAAUGGGGAUCAAUCACAGACUGACCAUACAUCAGGCGAGAACUAUACCACUGGGGUAUGUCCCACCCCAGGAGUAUUCAAAUGUAUGGAUUUAGAUGAAUAGACGACAAAGCAAUUUGUUUUCCAGUUUGUUUUGGAAUAAAGUUGUGUGUUGGUUAAGGUUCUUUAAAAUCGCACCCAUUAAAAAUAUACCGAUGGGGAAAAAACAUAAAGAAUUGUUUUAUUUAACGACACACUCGACACGUUUUAUUUGCAGUUAUAUGGCGUCGGACAUAUGGUUAAGGAC